AAGAAGUUUGUUGAUGACGAUGACGAUGAUGAUAUGGAGGCAGGCUUUGAUGAAAUCAUGAGGGAAGAAAGGAGGAGUGCCCAAAUUGCUAGAAGGGAGGAUGAGGAGCAACUUAGAUUAAUUGAGGAGGAAGAGGAAAGAGAGAGAAGAAGACGAAUGGCGAAGUUAAAGAAACGGAAGCUUGGUGAGUAGCAGUAGUAUUACCGCCAAGACUAUCGUUUGACUUCCAAAACAUGUCAUUGUUUUUGGUAUAAUGAAUAUUCCCUUUUUUUCCAAAAGGAUUUGAAUCAUGGGAUUAAAUUAUUCAAUUCAUCAAAUGAGAUAUAAAAAUCUUUGCCCUCACGUUCAGAUUUUUUCAAUUUGAAUUGUAUGGAAAAUAUAUACUGUUGUGUAAACGCAGUUUCGAUUAGGGGGCAGUGGUAGGUUUGCAUUGUAAGCUUUACACAUUGAUUGACCGUCAUUAUACCCAAUGGAUUGAUUGGAAAGUGAGAGAUUGUUCAA